CUCUGCAACCCACAGAUGCGGUCUACAACCAACAUCCUGAUAAUUAACCUGGCUAUGGCGGACCUACUUUUCAUUGUCUUCUGUGUCCCUUUCACCGGUUGGGACUACACUCUUAACUACUGGCCAUUCGGUGACGUUUGGUGCAGGAUUGUGCAAUACCUGGUGAUAGUGUGUGCAUCUGCUAGCAUCUAUACUCUAGUCUUGAUGUCCUUUGACCGGUUCCUGGCUGUCGUUCAUCCCAUCACAUCAAUGGCCAUCAGGACAGAUCGAAACGCCUUCCUCGCCAUCUUCAUGACGUGGAUUGUCAUCCUUUUAGCCUGCAUCCCGGCACUCUUCGCCCACGGAAUGGUCUUCGUCGAUGACAACUACUCUUCGUGCAUGUUCCUGACCGACGUGGGCUACAGCUUAGCGGCUUUUCAAAUAUGCUUCUUUAUGGCUUCUUUCGUGAUACCCCUGACCCUUAUCUUUAUUCUUUACGUCUUGAUGCUCAAAAGGCUGUGGUUCGGUGUGACGCCAGGAGGAAGGAUUAGCAGGGAGAGUGUUCGUUCUAAGAAGAGAGUAACCCGUCUGGUUGUGGUGGUGGUGAUGGUGUUCGCCGUGUGCUGGUGUCCCGUUCAAGUCGUGCUGGUGCUCAAGAGCGUCGACCUCUAUGGUCUUCCGAUGAAUCCUACGCGAAUCGUGAUACAGAUUGCAUCACAGAUUCUGGCCUACACCAACUCGUGCGUCAAUCCGUUUCUGUACGCGUUUCUCUCGGAUAACUUCCGCAAGAGUUUCCGGAAGAUCAUCUUCUGCUACCAAAAACCGACUUCCUCUGGUCGGCCCAGAUCGAGGGUCGGGGAAAACGGCGAACGAACAGAUCGAGAUAUGGGCAACUGUGGCACCAAGACGUCGAAAGUGUCAAACGAUAUACUUUAG